UGUACUGAGCAUGCGUCACAGAUGCUAACAGCUCUAGUUAGCUUCAUAGCGCUGGUAUCUGAAUCCUCGUAUGUUUUACUGGCAUUUUAAUUUAAUAUAAGUUUAAUUUAACUCUAUUAUAACUUUGAUUUAUGUUCAGAGUGUCUUCUCGGCUGUUAUGCCUCACUAUUUAAUAGCAUUAUUAGAUUUACCAGCAGUUAGCGGGUUGUUGUUGUUAGCUUGUGUGAUGAUGGGGCUUAUUUAGUCACAGUUUAGCUACAAGCUAACAGCUGCCGGUGUCUGAUCUCAGGAUGAUCAAGUUCAUGCUGAUGGUGAACCGGCAGGGUCAGACCAGACUGUCCAGGUAUUACCAACCUGUGGAGCUUAGCAAGAGAUCAGUGCUGGAGGCUGACGUGGUCCGCUGCUGCCUGAGCCGCAAGAAGGACCAGUGUUCCUUUGUGGAGUACAAAGACUUUAAACUGGUCUACCGCCAGUACGCUGCGCUGUACAUCGUGGUCGGAGUCACAGACAACGAGAAUGAGCUGUCUGUCUACGAGCUGGUUCAUAACUUUGUGGAGGUUUUGGAUAAAUACUUCAGCCGCGUGCGUCGUCUUCAGAUCAUGUUUAACCUGGACCGAGUCCACAUCAUCCUGGACGAGAUGAUCCAGAACGGACACAUCGUGGAGACAAACAAGAGCCGCAUCCUCGCGCCGCUAAACGCCCUCGACAAGAUGGCUGACGGCUGAGGCUCCACCGAGGCUAUUCAAAAGAGGCUGGGAUGCGCUCUUUGACCCCAGGGGAGCUUUGGAGUAUGACACGUGAUGUAACUGGAGCUGUGAUGUGGGAGGGUUACAGCAGACGGAGCUAGAAAUAAAGGGACGACAUCCGCUGAGGUGCUCUUUGUGUGCGCUCGGCCUGACAGAACUUUGGGUCCACUCCAUUGGUUGAAUUUGUUUAAGCAUUUGUGUAAGGUUUUAUUUAUUGGUUCAGACUGACGUCAUCAGCAGUCGACUGUAAACUGAAUCAAACCUGCAGCUUUGUGACUAUUAAAGGUGCCAAUGUUCUGAUGCUGAUUAAUCAUUAACAUGAAGUCUGAUUUAAAGGCUCACUUCACCCAAAUUACAUAAAACAUUUUGUCAUUUACUUCCACUGAUCUCCACAUUUAUUAUUCCUGGUACCUGCAGGUGUAAAGAUAUUUUAUCCGAUGAACGUUAUCAUAUUUUAAAGAUCCAGUGUGUUGGAUUUGUAUUGCCCUCCGCUAAGAAACAUCCUUGAUUAUGGUGGUUCUGAUCAAAACCUCAUUGGUGGAAAAGGGGUCUGAAAGCAAGAUCUUACUUUGAUGUAAAAGACACAAGUACAAAAUAAAAUUAGACCUAAAUUUAAAAAAGAAAAAAAAGUCUAAUUUGUGGGUAAAUAUAAACCCAGACACCCUGGACGUGUCCUCACUGGCCACAAUGACCAGCUGUCCACAUACUUUUGGCCACAUGCUCACAGACCACAGGACUCCAUCUUUAAUUCAUACUUUGCAAACAUUUUAAUGAUUAUUUUUUUUGGAGCAUACACAUUUGAAAAUAUCUGUUUACCUCAAACUGCAACUUGAGUUAAAUAAAUGUUUAUAAUAAUAUACAAAGAAAAUACAAGAGGGAGAGCAGAGCCUUUUCUCUUACCAUGUGCCUCGCACACAACCAGUGUUUUUGUCUCUAGCUUCAUCAAGUCAAAGAAGAACACCAAAUGCACUCUGACCUUUGACUUCUACAGCCGGUCAGAAACAACCCAAAAAAAAAAAAAAAAAAAAAA